AGCAACAAAUGAAACCCUGAAACUCACAAAGCUGAUUGAUCUUUCUCCAUGAUUCCUAUUGUCUUUUUUGCCCUGUGAUACUUGGAUGUUUUAAAAGUAGCUUGUUGGUUAAAAAGAACAGAUGUGAAUAGUCCUGAAGUAAAUUUCAAAUAUUUUGAACACCCCACUCUUGUCUUACAACUUAAAGGGGUCUAUGUUGAAAAGGACGAGAUUAUAAAAUGCCUGGCUCGGUUUCCUUACGUAGCAUCAAAAGAAUUGGACAUGAAAACAAUGCCUUUGAUUCCAGUGACUCAUCUGUGAACAAUCGACAUAAUGGGAAUGUGUACACAGUGAAUGAAGACAAGAAGUCAGGUGGUAAAAAGGACAAUGAGACCAUCAGGAUUGGCUUCUUCCAACUGUUCCGGUUUGCAUCCUGUUCCGAGAUUGUAAUGAUGCUUGUAGGAAGCAUCUGUGCGUUGAUCCAUGGAUCUGCGCAGCCUUUAAUGUUGCUGGUUUUUGGGAUGCUGACUGACACAUUUAUCGAGUACGACAUUGAGCUUCAGCUGCUGCAGGAGCCUCGAUUGGAAUGUUUUAAUUACACUAUCACGUGGAAUGGGUCUGACCAUUUGCCGUACCAAGAUGAAAUGAAUGCCACCAAAUCUUGUGGGUUGUUGGAUAUUGAAAGCGAAAUGACCAAAUUUGCCCUUUAUUAUGUUGGCAUUGGAUGUGGAGUAUUUUUAUUAGGAUAUGUUCAGAUCUGUUUCUGGGUAACAGCAGCAGCUCGUCAGAUUCAACAAAUCAGGAAGACCUAUUUCAGAAAAGUAAUGAGAAUGGAUAUCGCUUGGUUUGACUGCAACUCUGUAGGAGAACUUAACACCAGGAUGUCAGAUGACAUUAAUAAAAUUAAUGAUGCCAUCUCAGAUCAAGUAGGGAUCUUCAUUCAGCGAUUUACUACUUUUGUUUGUGGUUUCCUGAUGGGGUUUGUUCGAGGGUGGAAGCUCACACUGGUUAUUAUUGCAGCCAGUCCACUGAUUGGUGUUGGAGCAGCACUUAUGGCACUGUUUGUUGCUAAACUGACUGGUCGUGAGCUGCAAGCUUAUGCAAAAGCUGGUGCAGUGGCAGAUGAGGUACUUUCAGCUAUUCGGACAGUGUCUGCAUUUGGUGGGGAGAAGAAAGAAGUGGAGAGGUAUGACAAGAACCUUGUAUCUGCCCAGCGCUGGGGAAUCAGGAAAGGCUUGAUAAUGGGAUUCUUUACAGGCUACAUGUGGUUUAUAAUCUUCCUCUGCUAUGCUUUAGCAUUCUGGUAUGGCUCCAGUCUUGUUGUUGACACACAUGAAUACUCACCUGGAACUCUGGUACAGGUGUUUUUUGGAGUACUUAUCGGUGCCUUAAACCUGGGCCAGGCAUCCCCUUGUUUAGAAGCUUUUGCUUCGGGUCGAGGAGCAGCAGCAGUUAUUUUUGAAACCAGUGACAAAGAUCCAGAAAUUGACUGUAUGUCAGAGGCAGGCUACAAAUUAGAGAAAGUGAAGGGUGACAUUGAAUUUCAUAAUGUAAACUUCCACUACCCGUCAAGACCAGACGUCAAGAUUUUAGACCAGCUGAGCAUGGUCAUCAAUGCAGGUGAAACAACUGCUUUUGUUGGGCCGAGUGGAGCUGGGAAAAGCACUGCAGUGCAGCUCAUCCAGAGGUUUUAUGAUCCCAAAGACGGCAUGGUGACUCUGGAUGGCCAUGACAUACGGAGUCUAAAUAUCCCAUGGCUGCGUUCACUGAUCGGGAUUGUGGAACAGGAGCCUGUUUUGUUUGCUACCACCAUAGCUGAGAACAUCCGAUACGGACGAGAGGAUGCGUCAAUGGAAGAGAUCAUUCAAGCAGCAAAGGAGGCCAAUGCCUAUAACUUCAUCAUGGAUUUGCCACAGAAAUUCGACACUAUGGUUGGUGAGGGUGGGGGUCAGAUGAGUGGAGGGCAGAAACAGAGAAUAGCCAUCGCUCGAGCUCUUGUGAGGAACCCCAGGAUUCUGCUGCUGGACAUGGCAACCUCUGCACUCGACAACGAGAGUGAAGCUGUGGUUCAGGAGGCCCUUGAUAAGGUGCGAAUGGGACGAACAACAAUCUCCAUAGCCCACCGUCUCUCUACAAUCAAAAAUGCAGAUGUGAUCAUCGGAUUUGAACAUGGGAGAGCUGUAGAGAGGGGGAAGCAUGACGAACUGCUUGAAAGGAAAGGGGUCUAUUUCACUCUAGUGACCCUUCAAAGCCAAGGAGACAAAGCCCUGAAUGAAAAGGCUAGACAAAUGGAAAGUGAGGACGCUGUUGAAGAACUCGCGCUUGAAAGCAGGAGUGUAUCCAGGACUGGGAGCUACCGUGCAAGCUUUCGAGCAUCUAUUCGCCAACGGUCAAGAUCCCAGCUAUCCAGAGUGAUACCCGACGCCUCAAUGUCCAUUGCUGGAGAAAUGGGCCAAAGACCCUACAGUGAUUCUGUCGGCUCCGAGAAUUUCAGGGGGAAGCAAGCUGUGAUUGAGGAAGAAGAUGAAACUGUUGAGCCCGCCCCAGUGGCCAGAAUCCUAAAAUACAAUGCUCCUGAAUGGCCCUACAUGUUGUUUGGUACUUUUGGUGCUGCUGUGAAUGGGGGAGUUAACCCAAUGUAUUCUCUCUUGUUCAGUCAGAUUCUUGGGACAUUUUCAAUACCUGAUAAAGAAGAACAGAGAAGAGAAAUAGAUGGAAUCUGCCUGUUUUUUGUUUUGAUUGGGAUUAUAUCAUUUUUCACACAGUUGUUGCAGGGCUUUGCUUUUUCAAAGUCUGGUGAACUGCUCACAAGGAGACUUCGUAAGCUUGGCUUCCAGGCAAUGCUGGGGCAGGAGAUUGGCUGGUUUGAUGAUCACAAAAACAGCCCUGGUGCUUUAACUACAAGACUUGCCACUGAUGCUUCUCAAGUCCAGGGGGCCACAGGAUCCCAGAUAGGAAUGAUUGUGAACUCUCUCACCAACAUUGGAGUGGCCAUUAUCAUCUCCUUCUACUUCAGUUGGAAACUGAGUUUAGUCAUAAUGUGCUUCCUGCCAUUCUUAGCAUUAUCAGGUGGUUUACAAGCAAAAAUGCUGACAGGAUUUGCGAAACAGGACAAGCAGGCAAUGGAAUCUGCUGGGCAGAUUUCAGGGGAAGCAUUGAAUAACAUUAGAACAAUCGCUGGUCUAGGCAAAGAGAGAACGUUUGUGGAAAUGUAUGAGGCACAGCUUGAAGCCCCCUACAAAUCAGCACUUAAAAAAGCACAUGUAUAUGGAGUCUGCUUUGGGUUUGCUCAAUGCAUAGUUUUUAUGACUAAUUCUGCAUCAUACAGAUAUGGUGGAUACUUGGUCAAAGAGGAGGGACUUCACUUCAGCUUUGUGUUCAGAGUCAUCUCAGCAAUUGUAACAAGUGGUACGGCUCUAGGAAAAGCUUCAUCCUAUACGCCAGAUUAUGCCAAGGCCAAAAUAUCAGCAGCAAGAUUUUUCCAACUUCUUGACCGGGUCCCCAAAAUUAAUGUUUACAGUGAUGGAGGAGAAAAAUGGACCAACUUCAAAGGAGAUAUUGAAUUUAUAGAUAGCAAAUUUACAUAUCCUACUCGGCCGGACAUAAAGGUCCUGAAUGGACUGACUGUUUCGGUGAAGCCUGGGCAGACCCUUGCCUUUGUGGGCAGUAGUGGCUGUGGGAAAAGUACAAGUGUCCAGCUGCUGGAAAGAUUCUAUGAUCCUGAUGAAGGAAAAGUGCUGAUAGACGGACAUGAUUCCAAGAACAUCAACGUGCCGUUCCUGAGGUCUAAAAUUGGAAUAGUCUCCCAAGAGCCUGUGCUGUUUGACUGCAGCAUUGCUGAGAAUAUUAAAUAUGGGGACAACACGCGUGACCUUGGCUUGGAAGACGUCAUUGCUGCAGCAAAAAAGGCCCAACUCCAUGACUUUGUAAUGUCCUUGCCAAAUCAAUAUGAAACCCAUGUGGGUGCCCAAGGAUCACAGCUGUCCCGUGGACAGAAACAACGGAUUGCCAUCGCCAGAGCCAUCAUUCGAGACCCCAAAAUUCUGUUACUGGAUGAAGCAACUUCUGCUUUAGACACAGAAAGUGAAAAGACAGUACAGGCAGCUUUGGAUAAAGCCAGAGAAGGACGCACUUGCAUUGUCAUCGCUCACCGGCUUUCAACUAUUCAGAAUUCUGAUAUUAUCUCUGUCAUGUCUAGAGGUUAUGUGAUUGAAAAGGGAGCACAUGAAGAACUUAUGGCCUUGAAAGGAGCUUACUAUAAACUGGUCACAACAGGAGCACCAAUAAGUUAAUAACUACAAAUGCCAUGAAAAAAAAAAGGUUUUAUACAGUAAUAGCUUAGACUUAUUCAGAUCCAGAAAAGGAUUGCACUCAAACUGUAUAGUAAUUUGGUUUAGUGAGAAAGGGCUCUUUGAUACGUUUCCACACUUUUCAAAAUCAUAACAUCUAAUUCCAAUAUGUUGUUUUUUUAUGAUUUUGUUACAUUACUUAAUUAUUUAAAAUAAUUCUGCAUCACCCAAAGCAUUAUAGGAGCACUGUAUAUAGUUUUAAGAAAAGCUUUGAGUCAAAUUAUUUCAUUUUAUUUUGACAUUUCUUUGAAAUGUGCUUUACUGUAUGUUUUAAUUUGAAUAAUGUAUCAAUUAUGUUAAGAUAACGCACUGUAGUUUAUCAUUCCUUUUAUUGUCUGCAUGCAUACCAUUUGGAAUUUUAUAUAGUGGGUAUCAAAUAUGUGGUUUGUAUAUUGAGAUAACAAUUCAAGAAUGUUUCUUACCACAAUAGAAUAUGGAUUUAUAAAUAAUACAGCAUUGAAAAAAGGAAUGGCUUCGGAAAUUACUGACAGAGCGAACCAGUUGCUCAAUGAAGAGAAACUGCAAGAGACUGAGAAAAACAGGGUAAAACAAUUCCAUGUGGUCCAGAAAAAAUAAUUGAACUGCUCCAACCUGCCACUGAGUUGUUUCUUGCUUGUUUUGUGCCAUUCUAAUUAUUUUUAAUUGAACAUAUGGCAUAAGCAGAUGGAGUGACUGUCUGGAAAACAUACAUUGAAUCAUUAAUGGUGUCUGGCAGUUUGUGUUGACAUUAAUUAUAAGGUCUGUUGUGCACAAUUGAAAUGUACCAUGUACUUACAGUUAUGUAAGGCUGUACUAAUAUUACUGAGCCAAUUUGGGGAAGCAAAUAGAGCAGAUGGCAGGGAACCAGUACCUAAAUUUAACCACUCUGGAAUAUAUCCACCUCUUCUCCUUUAAAGAACACUAAUCAGGUAAACACGAAGUCAUGUUUACUGUUACUGUCACAUUUGUUUACUGAUUAAAGCUAAUUAUUAUUUCACUAGGAUCCGAUUAUGUUUUACCCCGAAGAAAGCCUUAAAUAACCAUUAACAGACCACAGCAAUACCAGUAAUGCCAAUUUAAUACAUUGAUAUGGAAUAAUAUUUAUGUGCAAUACACAACAGCCUGUACAUUUGUACUAUAAUAUACAGAUGCAGAGGAUGAAUUGUGGCACUACAGAUAUGGGCAAAAGUUUUGCAUCACCCUAUAGAAUUAACACAUUUUGGUUUAUAAAGUCAAAUGAAACCUGUGGAAUAAUGUUGUGUUAACAUACUGAAUUAUAUAUCGCUUGGUAGUUUUCCAUAUACUUAACAAAAAAAUGACAAAAAAUUGAAAAUGUGACAUUUUGAAAUCUAACAUGAAAUAGAGUAUUAUGGCUUCCCGUAGAUUUUGUAGUUUCUUUGAUUACAUGAUGUUAAAUAAAAUAUCUAAGUAUAUAUUAAUUAUGUCUCAAUCCUACAAUUCUAGGUGAUGCAAAACUUUUGGCUAUAGCUGUAGAUGUGAUUGCUGACAUGAUACCAUGAAAGUGCAGAGGGUUCCCAGUGUGCAUUUCUUCAUAUCAUAUCAUAUUGAAAUAUGAAAAUGUGGAAAAACUUAAUUUAUACUGUAGUUACCAUUUCCUAAUAUUCACUACAUGUGCUAAGCACACGUGAUUGAGAGGAUGGAACUCUAAAAGGUUAUUUUCCCGAUUUUGUGAUUUUGUUGUAAGUACUGCAUUAAAUAGCAUAAGAAAAGUGGAAUUAAUGUGCCUCUAUUAUACCAAAACAACUGUAGUACCAUGCAUCAUAAUGCAUCAUUGGAAUUGCCUUGGUGCUGCCAGUGCCCCUCAGCACAGUACCCUUGUAGCAUCACUGCAUUGUCAAGUCCCUUAGGUAAGGACUGGUAAAGAUAAUUGUGUUUGUGGUGUUCAAUUAAAGUACAUUUGAAAAGGA